UAUGGCUGUGCCUUAUGAACCGGAAGUGGGGCAUGCCUGCCCCGGAAGUAGUGUGUGGCUUUGAAAGCAAAGACUGGAGAAAGUGUGGCAGCCAGGGCUGUUGAAAGAGGCAUGUUUCUCACAGUCGCCAAUUUGGCCAAGAGCAAGUCCAAGUAUAUUCUUGUGAGGAUGCUGAGUGAAGCAGGAACAGGUUUUUCUUUCAACAUAAGAAGAGCACGGCUUGAUGAAAAGCGAGUUAUGCUGAGAUAUGAUCCUUUUGUUAAACAGCGUGUCCUCUUCAGAGAACAUAAAAAGAUCCGUUCCCUGUAGAUGAUGACUGGCUAAAAUGAUUUGAUCUCUAUUUGAGGCAUAGUCAUGGAGGAAAACAUUAAGUUGGUGGUCCUGUAGUGUUCUCAAAAAGCAGAGGAAAUGGACUGAGAUGGCUGCCUCCUGUGAUUUGCAGGCCAUUGUAAACCAGAACAAAGUGAAAGAAAGAAGUUGUUGGUGUCUAACCAUGGACCAUCCUCAUCAAUAACUUAUUUAUCUUUUGAGUUAUAUUUACAACUCUCAAUUAAAACAGCAAAUUCCUUUGUC